AUGGGUGCCUGUUGUAGUUGUUUAGGUAAUCGUGGAGGUGAUGGAAGUCAUACUCAAUUAUUAUUAGCAGAAAAUGAAAGAGAAGCCAUUUCAGCCUUAUUACAAUACUUGGAAAACCGUUCUGACGUUGAUUUUUUCAGCAAUGGACCACUUCGUGCAUUGAGUACUUUGGUUUAUUCGGAAAAUAUCGAUUUACAAAGAAGUGCGGCAUUAGCAUUUGCUGAAAUUACCGAAAAAGAUGUUAGAGAAGUUAAUAGAGAUGUAUUGGAACCAAUCUUGAUAUUAUUACAACUGGCUGAUUCAGAAGUACAGCGUGCUGCAUGUGGAGCUUUAGGGAACUUGGCAGUAAACACAGAAAACAAGAUCUUAAUUGUUGAAAUGGGGGGAUUAGAACCAUUGAUUAGACAAAUGAUGUCAACUAAUAUUGAGGUUCAAUGUAAUGCUGUUGGAUGUAUAACCAAUUUGGCCACUCAAGAUGAUAAUAAAUCGAAAAUUGCUAAAAGUGGUGCAUUGAUCCCAUUAACUAAAUUGGCCAAAUCAAAAGAUAUCAGAGUUCAAAGAAAUGCUACUGGGGCAUUAUUAAAUAUGACCCAUUCUGGUGAAAAUAGACAAGAAUUGGUUAAUGCUGGUGCCGUGCCGGUAUUGGUCUCCUUGUUAUCCAAUGAAGAUGCUGAUGUACAAUAUUACUGUACUACAGCUCUUUCUAAUAUUGCUGUUGACGAAGUGAACAGAAAGAAAUUGGCUAGUACUGAGCCUAAAUUAGUUGGACAAUUGGUACAUUUAAUGGACUCACCAUCACCUCGUGUUCAAUGUCAAGCAACUUUAGCAUUAAGAAACUUGGCAUCAGAUUCUGGGUAUCAAGUUGAAAUUGUUAGAGCAGGAGGUUUACCUCAUUUGGUGCAAUUAUUGACAUGUAAUCAUCAACCUUUGGUUUUAGCUGCCGUUGCUUGUAUCAGAAACAUAUCGAUCCAUCCAUUAAAUGAGGCAUUAAUCAUUGAAGCAGGCUUCUUGAAACCAUUGGUUGGAUUGUUGGAUUAUACCGAUUCGGAAGAGAUUCAAUGUCAUGCGGUCUCUACUUUGAGAAAUUUGGCUGCAUCUUCAGAAAAGAAUAGAACAGCAUUAUUGGCUGCUGGUGCGGUGGAUAAAUGUAAAGAAUUGGUAUUAAAAGUGCCACUUACAGUUCAACUGGAAAUUUCUGCUUGUUUUGCUAUUUUGGCUUUAGCUGAUGAUUUGAAACCUAAAUUGUAUGAAAGUCAUAUUAUUGAUGUAUUGAUACCAUUAACUUUUAGUGAAAAUGGAGAAGUUUGUGGGAAUUCUGCUGCUGCAUUAGCUAAUUUAUGUUCAAGAGUCUCUAAUGAACACAAACAAUAUAUUUUGAAUAAUUGGGCUCAACCUAAUGAAGGUAUUUAUGGAUUCCUCAUUAGAUUCUUGGAAAGUGGUAGUCCAACGUUUGAACAUAUUGCCUUGUGGACAAUUUUACAAUUAUUAGAAUCUAAUAAUACUGAAAUUAAUGCUUUAAUAAAAGAGAAUGAAACUAUUUUAGCAGGAAUUAAGAAUUUAAGUGCUUCUCAACAACAAAUACAACAAUCACAAAUAAGUCAAACAACAACAACAACAACAGCAGCAGCAGCAACUAAUGAAGAUCAAUUUGAAGAUCCAAAAGUAGAAUUGUUUAAUUUGACUCAACAAAUCUUACAAAUAUUAGGAUAA